UCUCGAGUGAGUGUGAAAGUGAAAGUGGAUCACGACCACGAGGAUUUAACUAAAGUAACUGCUUUUAAUCUUACAACAGAAUAUUUCUGUAUUCGUUAUUGAAAGACUGAACACAUUUGAUCUUCUUUCACAGGAAAAUAUCAAUAAUGGAAUCUUUAUCAACAAGAACAGAAACUGGAAGUCAUAGUAUAGACAUCCCCCCAAUGAUGUCAUCCUCCAGUGAUCCAGUGACUGAAAGACUUCUGUGUUCAAUCUGUCUGGAUGUGUUCAGUGAUCCAGUCAGCACUCCAUGUGGACACAACUUCUGUAAGAUCUGUCUGAAAAUACACUGGAACAACAGUCAAGACUACAGAUGUCCAAACUGUAAAGAAACAUUCAAGCAGAGACCUGAUCUCAAGAUUAAUACAACACUCAGAGAACUUGUGGAUGAACAUAAGAAAACUCAUGAAGAACAACCUGAAGCUGAAGUUGUGUGUGACAUCUGUACUGAAGGAAAGCUGAAGGCUGUGAAGUCGUGUCUGGUGUGUCAGAGCUCUUACUGUGAAACUCACCUGGAGUCUCAUUUGAGAGUGUCAGGAUUACAGAAACACAAACUGAUUGAUCCUGUGAAGAAUCUGCAGGAUUAUAUAUGUCAGAAACAUGACAGACCUCUGGAGCUCUUCUGUAGAGAUGAUCAGACAUGUGUGUGUCAGUUCUGCACUGAAGGAGAUCACAAGAAUCACAACACUGUUCCUUUAGAAGAGUCUGAACUUAGGGAGAUGAUGAAGGAGAAGCAAAGAGCUGCAGAGAGGUGGUAUGAAGAUGUUAUUAAAGAUCUGAAGAGGAGAUCACUGAACUGAAGAAGAGAAACACUGAGCUGGUGAAUCAGAAGCAGAUAACAGCAGAGAGACGGUAUGAAGAUGUUAUUAAAGUUCGAGAUCAGAAGAUUACUGAACUGAAGAAGAGAAACAUUGAGCUGGAGCUGAAGAUC